AGCACUGCCCGACCCCCGCGUCCACCUCAUCGUCAUCCUCUGCGGAGCGGAAGUGCCUCUCUCUCUCUCUCUCUCUCUCUCUCUCUGGUCUCUGCUGCUCUCUGAUAGAGCGAGGCCGAAGCAGGGAUUAGGAGGAUAAAAUAGCUUGGAGCUUUCGUGAGUGGGAAUGCGAGUCAGACGACACCGUUGAUAUUGAUCGCUUCCUUUCCCUCGGUUAAUUUAAUUAAUUAAUUAAUUAAUUAACAUAUAUUUAUCUCCACCGAUUCCCUUCCCAUGGCUUCGUCGCUUCGCGCCUUCGUCAUCACUUGCAAUCAGCUCCCGCUCUCACGAGGUCCCAGGGGAAGGCCAUCUCCUCUCCUUCCGGCCAUCGUUCCUCCUCCCGCUCCGCCGCGGAAGAGGGCGAGGGUCCCACGCUCUGGAGUCCGCGCCGCGGCCUCUCCGCACCAUUGUCCCAAUGCUCGGUCGCAGGAGCUUUUGAAUCUACUGCACCACGGUCUGAGGAGGAGAUUUGACAGUGCAGUUGCUGCCAUUCUUAUAGUUGCUCAAAUUUCUCUUCCGCUGCCGUUUGCCAAUUGGAACCCAUGGUUAAUUCCUUCUGCAAACGCGGUUCUCUAUUCGCCCGAGACAAAAAUUCCCAGAACUGGAGAACUUGCUUUGAGGAGAGCAAUUCCUGCCAAUGCAAACAUGAAGGCUAUACAGGAUUCUCUGGAAGACAUUUCAUACUUGUUAAGAAUACCGCAGAGAAAGCCUUAUGGUUCGAUGGAAGGCGACGUGAAGAAAGCUUUGAAGAUUGCGGCGGAGGAGAAGGAAUCAAUCUUGGGAAGCAUACCAGAACAACUCAGGGAAAAGGGUUCUGUGCUAUAUGCUUCUCUACUGAAUGGAAAGGGGGGACUACAAAACCUUUUAGAGGCUAUAAAGGAAAAGGACCCAGAUAAGGUAUCCAUUGGCCUUGCUUCGUCUCUUAACACUGUUGCUGAACUGGAGCUGUUGCAGGCCCCAGGUUUAUCAUUUCUGUUACCUGAGCAGUAUUUGAAAUACCCAAGGCUGACAGGGAGAGCUGUUGUCGAGGUCACCAUUGAGAGAGGUGAUGGUUCAACGUUCUUUCCAAGUGCUGGUGGUGAACCAAAGAGUUUUGCUUCAAUUCAGGUAGUCCUUGAUGGAUAUUCUGCGCCACUGACGGCAGGGAACUUUGCAAAAUUGGUGACUGAUGGAGCAUACGAUGGGGUGAGACUCAAAUAUGCAAACCAAGCAGUUCUUUCAGACAACGAGAUCGAGAAAUAUGGAUAUAGUGUUCCGCUGGAGAUCAUGCCUUCUGGACAGUUUGAACCAUUAUAUAAAACCACCCUGAAUGUUCAGGAUGGGGAAUUGCCUGUUCUACCUUUAUCUGUCUAUGGGGCAGUUGCUAUGGCGCACAGCAUGGACUCUGAUGAAUACUCAUCACCAUCACAGUUCUUUUUCUAUCUCUAUGAUAAGAGAAACGCUGGGUUAGGAGGGUUAUCCUUUGAUGAAGGCCAAUUCUCUGUUUUUGGAUACACUACUGUUGGCAGAGAAAUUCUUCCACAAAUCAAAACAGGAGACUUUAUUAGUUCGGCAAAGUUGGUGCAAGGAAGAGACCGCCUUAUACUGCCAGAUGAAAGUUGAUUCGGCGUUGUGUUCUGGACACGGUCCUUCCCUUUCCUUCUAAUAUUUGUCUGGUGAGAAGGUAUGGGACCCCCAGCUCUUUAUUUCUGGAGGUAAUGCUGGUGGGCAAUUGUUUUGUCUUUUCAACUUCUUUGCAAGUUACUGUUUGCGAACCUAAACAAGCACUGUAAACAAUUUGAACAACCAAUUAUUUUGUAAGGGUUAACAACUUUUGUUGUUUUUGAAAAAUUAAGGGUUGUCAAAAGAUCUUCACCUGCAAUUGCA